CAGCCCGUGAAUGCAGCACGACGUGACGUCAAGUGGGAGAGCGAGAUUGUUCGGGCUGUUUAUGGAAAACUCUGGAAGUUUCCACGCAGUUUAUAAAGAAAAUACUCGGGACCCAAUAGAGACAGAGGACAGACUGAGGACGUCCAACGGGAGUUCAUAAACAGCCGUUUCCGAACAGCUGUACCAUUUACUAAACAGGCCACUGGAUUGCCAACAUGGGUAAAGACUACUACGACAUUUUGGGAAUUAACAAGGGAGCGUCGGAGGACGAUAUCAAGAAAGCUUAUCGUAAGCAGGCUCUGCGCUUUCAUCCCGACAAAAACAAAUCCCCGGGAGCCGAGGACAAAUUCAAAGAAAUCGCCGAAGCUUAUGACGUUUUGAGCGACCCACAGAAAAAGGACAUUUAUGAUCGUUACGGUGAAGAAGGUCUGAAAGGCGGAGGCGCACCAGGUGGUGGUGGUGGUGGUGGUGUUGGUGGUGGUCCUGGUGCCUUCAGCUACACUUUCCAGGGCGACCCUCAUGCUAUUUUUGCAGAGUUCUUUGGUGGACGUAACCCCUUUGAACAGUUCUUUGGAGCUCGCAAUGGAUGCACGGAUGAGGACAUGGACACUGAUGACCCUUUUGCACGCUUUGGGAGGGGGGGCAGUGGGAUGGGCGGGUUCCCCCGCUCCUUCAGCUCUGGUAUGGGAGGAAUGGGCCCUCACAGUAGCGUUGUAAAGAAGCAUCAGGACCCCCCCGUGAUUCACGAUCUCUUGGUGACCUUGGAGGAAGUUCUGUUGGGUUGCACAAAGAAAAUGAAGAUCUCUCGUAAAAGACUGAACCCCGACGGGCGAACGCUAAGAACAGAGGAUAAAAUCCUGGAGGUGCAGAUAAAGAAGGGGUGGAAAGAAGGCACAAAAAUCACGUUUCCUAAAGAGGGAGACCAGACCCCCACAAACAUUCCAGCCGACGUGGUCUUUGUGUUAAAGGACAAGACGCAUCCUUUGUUCAAACGUGACGGCUCGGACAUCUUGUACACAGCAAAGAUUUCCCUCAGAGAUGCCUUGUGUGGCUGCACAGUCAACGCACCCACACUGGACGGCAAAACGGUGACCGCGUCAACAACAGAUAUUGUGCAGCCAGGGAUGAGGCGACGCGUGAGUGGCGAGGGGCUGCCUUAUCACAAACGGCCCAAUCGUCGAGGCGACCUAAUAGUCGAGUAUGAGGUCAAGUUCCCAGAGAGGCUCAGCCAAAGUGCCCGGGACACCAUCGCUCAGGUCCUCCCGCGAUCCUAAACAUGACCAACGGACAUCCGGGACUUCAGAAUUAUCUCACUCAGCUGCCAAUUAUCACUGGAAACACAGAAAAAUAAAGACAGACGUGAAAACCACCAUUACAUCAUACAUGAUGAUUUCACAGGGGAGAAUGUAAAUAUGGCCAUUAUUGUUUGGUGUUCGGUUUACUCAAUAAGAUUAUAUUUUGAUGAAUAUAAGUAUAUUAUAAUAUAUAUAAAAUAUAUGUGCACUGUUCUGUGGGAACGGUUUUGUUAGUAUUAAAGGUUCGCACUGAGAAAAAUGUUAUAUGAAAUUGCAACUUGAAGAAUUGAUUGUAUUGUCAAAGUUUAUAAAAACUGAUUUCUGGACUGCGAAACCUCCACUCCAAGGAAAGAUUGUGUUAUGUUUAUUAGCAUCGCAGAUAAACAACUUUACUUUUCAAAUAAAACAAGUUGUUUGACUUAUUUCAUAAAAAUGGUUUUGAAAGAACAAUAAAAAAGAAAGAAAGAGAAAUGGUGCUGUAAACAUUAA